AUGGCUACAAAGGUUGAGGAUGACAAUAAACCACGUCUGAAUGUUUGCUUUAUAGGGCAUGUGGACUCUGGAAAGAGUACUACUGUGGGGAUGCUUUCACACCAGAUGGGAGUAAUUGAUAAGAGAGAGUUGGAGAAGUACGAGAAAGAAGCAGCCAUGAAUAACAAGGAUACGUUUUAUCUUGCAUACUUGACAGAUAAGACCGAAGCCGAGAGGAAGAGAGGAAUUACGAUUACAACUACACUUGUUACUCUCCCUACAGAAAAGUUCAACGUUAACAUUCUUGAUUGCCCUGGGCACAAGGACUUUGUGAAGAACAUGGUAACUGGUGCAUCUCAAGCUGAUGUUGCGGUGGUGAUUGUCCCUGCAUCUGGGUUUGAGUCAUGCAUUGGGGUUGGAGGGAUGUUGAAGACACAUAUUAUGAUUUCUGGAAUCCUUGGAUGUGAGAAGUUGAUUAUAUGUGUCAACAAGAUGGACAUGAUUUCUGAGGACAAGAGAAAGGAGAAGUUCAAAGAGGUGUCUGACGAGAUGCUUAGGAUUGUCACGAGAAGCCACAAGGAUAAGAAUCCUAUUAUUCUCCCGAUAUCUGGGCUUAUGGGGCUCAACCUUACUAAGAAGGGAGAUAGUUUCAAGUGGUUUGAGGGAUGGAGGGAGAAGGAAGGAGCGCAAGCUAUAUAUACGCUUGAGGAGGCUCUUGACUACCAGGAUGUCCCCAAGAGACAUAAUGAUAAGCCUCUGAGAAUGCCAAUUACCAAGGUCUGCUCUAUUUCAGGUGUCGGUAAGAUCUUUACUGGGCGUGUGGAGUAUGGUACCAUUACACCAAACCUUAAGAUUUCUAUUCAGCCUGCAGGAGUGGUUGGAGAAAUCAGAUCUGUUGAAAUCCACAACAAGCCAAGGUCUAUGAUUCCAUGUGGAGAAAACUGUGGAGUUGCGCUCAAGGGGGGUGUUACGGGAGACCUUAGUAAGGUGGAUGCAGGACAUGUGAUCUCUGCUAACGAUGAGAACAAAGCCAUAGCAUACCCUGGAGCAAAGGUAAAAAUCAUUGUUGUUGAAAAACCGAAUGGGAUGGAAGUAGGAUACACUCCACAGAUUAACUUCGGAAUCUGCCGCUCCCCAGCAAGAGUUGCCAAAAUUCUUUCCAAAGUAGUUAAAAAAAAAGGCCAUGAAAACCCAGAGAAAAUUAUAAAUGGGGAGGCAUUUAUUGGAAUUGUUGUCUUCCAGAAGCCACUGGUUAUUGACAAGAUGGAAAGGUUCCAGAACUUAUCAAAGUUUGCUCUUAUGGAUAGCAACGGUGUUGUGGCUAUUGGAAACGUUAUGGAGCCUCUUACCCGUGAGCAACUUCUUGAGGAUUACGAGAUUGAUAUAGCUGAAGACCCUAAGGCAGCCAAAAAGGCUUCUAAGAAGAAGGCAUGA